UUCAUUUCUUCGACGAAGCUUCACUGAUAAGUAAAACAUUUCAACUUUCAUUCGAUAACUAGUGUUUCGUAAUCAAAACUUCUGUGUGCAAUUAAGUGAAAAGUGCCUUCCUCUGGCAAAAAAAAAUAAUCAUGACUGUCGAGAACAACACAGCCUCCUCCUGGUUCCAGUGGGCCUCGGAGCAGAGCUCAUAUUGGGAAGCGGUAUCACGUGGAGGUAACCUCAGUCAUCCGAUCGGUCCACUUACGAUGCUGAAGGAUGGUACCGCGGAAAGUGAAUUGGUAUCUGUUGGAACUAUGCUCUCUUCGGCCGAACUAGGCUUACUUACCGGAGUGCUGAUGACGCUUUUCCUCCGUCACAAGUUCAACCGGAUGAAGGAAGAGUUUGUCGAGACACGCGUGUACAAAAGUGUCAAAAACCUAACGAUGAUCGACGUGCGACAUUUCCUGUUUAUUCUAAUCACAUUUAUCGAGUUUGUUGCCAUAUCACCUAUCUUGUUCUCCAUUUUCUACGGUUUCAAGUGCUACAGAUUGGUAGUAGCAUGUGUUCUGAAACGACGUUACGGGUCACAUUUCAAGGGGCUCCUAGACGGGGCAGAUGUAGUGUGGGCCAUAGAACGGGACAACUCACGUGGCAUGAUCAACAUCAUGGCUUACAUUGAAGAACCCGUUGCAUUGCAUGCGACGAAGGAAAGCUCGACAUGUGCCGAGCUGCUGCUGGUGCUACGAAAACGAAUCUCUUCCAGGCUGAUGAGAUCACGUCAAACCCAGCCGAAAAUGUUUUGGAAGCGAAAUCUGGAGCUGGGCUACUAUUGGUGGAGUGACCUUUCACAGUUGACUAUUGAGGACUACAUUCGUUAUUUGGAGUAUAUUCCUGUUGGCGAGGGUGAACAGUACAUUGAUGAGAGGAAGCUACGUGCAGUGAUGAGUGAAAUCAAUAACCGAAACCUACCUGCUGAACAUAGCUCGUCGUGGGAAAUUUUGGUCGGCAGGCAGCCACUGUUUGUUAGAGAGCGUGACAUGCUGAGAUAUCCAAUAAUCUUCCGAGUACACCACUCUCUUGGGGACGGCGUUGCCCUGCUCCGCCUGCUACUGGGAAGGAAUCGUUGA